GCGGGGUUGGUGGGCGCGGCUUGUCCUGGCCUCGCCCCGCCCGGCCGGAGCCCGCUGGGACCGGAAGGAGCGGGGAAGUUGUUUUUCACGCACGAAAGUUAAACAGCCCUGCCCACCUCCGCCCUGGGCGCGGCGAGCGGGUGAAGCGGGCGAUAACCGUCGCGUAAUACCACGGGUUAAGUCCACCAAGUGCGAAAAAGGGAAACUGAGAUCAGAGAUAACGAGAUGCGGUCACGCGUUCAACAAGGACUGCUCCCUGACCCCCGCCGCCCCCCAGUGUGGUCCAUCAGCCCUGCCCCACGCUGCCCUGCCCGCGGGGCAUGUUCAGUUAACCUUUUAUCAGACCCAUCGUUGCCUUUUGGACAGCAUGAUGUACCGUGUUGCCUGCGAAUUAAAAGAAUUAACUUUGUAAGAACCAGCAUCCCGUUAACCACAUCCUUGUUGAAACCCAGGCUCGAGCAUCUUAACAGUGACUUAAAAUCUGGAGGCGGGGAGUUGACAGUCGGCCUUUAGGUAGGUGGGGGCCCAUCACACCCAGCGCAGGAACACAGGAACCCGUCUGCAGCGGAAGAACCCUGCGGAGGAAGGGGUGACCCCCCCAAUUUGGGAGUGGCCCCAAGUGGGUUGCUGAAGCUGCGAUCGAGGAGGAAGUGAGAGGCGGAGCCAGCGGUGCUGGGGUCCCGGGGCGGCAUGGCCCAGGCCCUGGGGGAGGAUCUGGCGCAAGAUGACUCCAGCUCUUUGGGGUCAGACUCUGAGCUGAAUGGGCCGGGCCCUUACCGCCAGGCGGACCGCUAUGGCUUCAUUGGGGGCAGCUCAGCAGAGCCCAGGCCAGGCCAGCCUCCGGCAGAUCUCAUCCGCCAACGGGAGAUGAAGUGGGUGGAGAUGACAUCACACUGGGACAAAACCAUGUCACGGAGGUACAAGAAGGUCAAGAUGAAAUGCCGGAAAGGGAUCCCGUCGGCCCUGCGGGCCCGCUGCUGGCCCCUGCUGUGCGGCGCCCACGUGUGCCAGAGCAGCAACCCCAAGACCUAUGAGGAGCUGUCCAAGGCCUCGGGGGACCCCCAGUGGGUGGAGACCAUCAGCAGGGACCUGCACCGGCAGUUUCCCCUGCAUGAGAUGUUCGUGUCACCGCAGGGCCACGGGCAGCAAGCGCUCCUGGAGGUCCUCAAGGCCUACACGCUGUACCGGCCCGAGCAGGGCUACUGCCAGGCCCAGGGCCCCGUGGCCGCCGUGCUGCUCAUGCACCUGCCCCCCGAGGAGGCCUUCUGGUGCCUGGUGCAGAUCUGCGACUCCUACCUCCCCGGCUACUACGGGCCCCACAUGGAGGCCGUGCGACUGGAUGCCGAGGUGUUCUCCGCCCUGCUGCGGCGGCUGCUGCCACGGGCCCACAAGCACCUGCAGCGGGCGGGCGUCGGGCCGCUGCUCUACCUGCCCGAGUGGUUCCUGUGCAUCUUCGCCCGCUCCCUGCCCUUCCCCACGGUGCUGCGCGUCUGGGACGCCUUCCUCAGCGAGGGCGUGAAGGUGCUGUUUCGUGCGGGGCUGACGCUGGUGCGCCUGGCGCUGGGCACCUCGGAACAGCGCCUGGCCUGCCCCGGGCUCCUGGAGACGCUCGAGGCCCUUCGGACCGUGCCCCAGGCGCAGCUGCAGGAGGAGGUCUUCAUGGCACAGGUGCACGGCGUGGCUCUGUCGGAGCAGGACCUGCAGCGGGAGAUCAAGACCCAGCUGGCCCAGCUGCCUGCCUCGGCGUCGGGCCCCUCCCCGCGGCCCCAGGACCGCCUGUCCGGGGCCCCGGCCAUCUUCCAGGCCCAGCAGCUGGCCAGGCUGUGCCCGGACGCCAGGAGGCCUGAGGUGCCACACAUCGUGGUCCAGCCCCCGGAGGAGCCCAGGCGCAAGCCCCAGACCCGAGGCAAGACGUUCCACGGCUUCCUGACUCGGGCACGGGGCCCCCCUAUCCAGGGGCCCCCCAGGUCCCAUCGAAGUUCGGCCUCCUUCCUGGACACCCGGUUCUAAGGGGCCGUGCUCGGUCGCCCCCUUCCUCCAACCGCGUGGAAGCUGCCUGCGGUGACUCAGUUCCUGCCCACGGGUGCUCAGCCCCGAGGGAAGGUCAGGGGCGGCCGCAGGGACGCAGGCCCCCUGCCCACUCACGGCCGGCCUCCAUCCCGGGGAGGAAGGAAUGUGGGGGUGCGGGGGGAGGCCUGGAAUAAAGUCUGAGCAGAGUCCUGGAUGGUGCUGGAUCUGCAGCCCGAGCCGCCUCCGCCCCGCCCCAGGCCCGCCCCCGGGGGCCCCGUUGGCUGCUGCGAAGGCGUUUACCUGCAGCCGGAGCCAAUGCCAGGGCGC